UGACUCAGCGGUUAGAGCAUCGACCCGGGUUCAGUUUCCGCUAACAGCAGGAAGCACCGAGUCGCACCGCGCGAGUGCCUGACGAUGUCCUCCGCAGGUUGUCGGGGAGACAGACCUAAUCGCACCGUCUCACUUGAUCCUUUUCGUCAGCGCCCCCUGAAUUCAUCUGGGCAGGAAGGAGGGACUUGCCGGCCCCUCACAGCACUGCCCCGCUACAAGGAAAAGGGAUUCCUGGUUCUUAGAACUUUCCAUCUACAUCAUUUAGUCCUUGGAACAACUGUAUUAGUUGUGCCUUCUCAGGAUUCUGACCUUCCCCAAAAGGAACAGGAGAAAAUGACCAAGUUUCAGGAAGCGGUGACCUUCAAGGACGUGGCUGUGGUCUUCACCGAGGAGGAGCUGGGGCUGCUGGACCCUGUCCAGUGGAAGCUGUACCAAGAUGUGAUGGUGGAGAAUUUCAGGAACCUGGUCUCAGUGGGUGAGGACAGUGGCUCUCUGACACCAAAUCUCAGCCCCUUUGAGAGUUGCUUUGUCCUCAGUUUUCAAAGCAUUGGACCUUUUGAAAUAGUUCCCUGA